CUCGGAAACUUAUUGUCGUUUGUGUUCCAGGCCUACCAUAAAUCGAGAAGUUCCUCGGUGCAAAUAGCGCGAAUUAUAGCCGUGACUGUGGUGGUGUGCUCGAUAAUCCUGGGCAGUUUCCUGCUGGCCUCGGCCUACGUGAACGCCAAUUCUUCUUGCAGACAGCUCGAGCAGGAGCUCGAGCUGCUCGGCGAAGCUGCCGACAGGUUCCAGCCUCCUCUGCAACCGGAAGCGCUCAUCCAGGAGGAACCCUUGCCCUCUAAACGCCACUCAGACCACUACCCCACCGAAGAACCCCCAAAGAACACCAAAGAACUAGAAACGAACAGCAUCGACAACAGCGAUGCCGACUCCGACGACACCUCCGAGAACUCCUCCGGAGAAUCCGGGGAGCCGGAGAAACCGCACCUCCGCAUGCCCGUCCAAAUGGACAUGGACGAUUUGGUGGCGUCGUUGCUCGAGAAGAACCAGAAGUCGAAGAUGAACUGCAUCGUGGAGAAGAAGAAGGCGGAGGAGUUCGUUGAUCAUCAGCCGAAGACGAUAAGGUUGCCGUUCGGGGUUAAUAUUACCACCAAUCCGAGGUUCGAGAAGAUCAGCGGUGAGAGGAUGGUGAUCGUUUGCGAGAGCGGGUCGAUGCAAAGAGCCGAACCACCCCGUCAAUCCCGACCGGAACAAGAAGACUCUGAGGAAGACAUCGACGGCCACGACGAGCAACAGGACACCAUCAUGAUCCAGCCGGUGAUGAUCCCGAUUCCGCAAUCGCCGUUCCGCACCCACAUGCCCCAACAGCAGAUGCCCAUGGUGCAGAUGGUGCAUCAACAGAUGGCGCCCGAGGGCCGCCCUAUGAAUCUGCCCGCCCACCUGUUGGCCAUCGAAGGCAUGAGGCCGCCCGCGUCACCGGUGAUGCCACCGCAGGUCCAGCGCAUUUCUAGAAUCCAAAUCCAAGCUCGCCCUCAGUUGAUGGAAGAACCUCAGAUGCAAGUCCAUCAGCUGCCUCCUCAGAUGCCACCUCAGAUGCAACAGUCGGCCGAAUUCCCGCCGAAUCCGAUCUUGCGUCACAUCGUGCAGCAGAUCAUCGCGCAGAAGAUCAUGGAGAGCCAGAGGGCGCGCGAGAUGCAGAUGAGGGAGGAGCAACAGCAACAACAACAGCAGCCGCAGCAGCAGCAACAACAACAACAGCCGCAGGUCGAGCUCGAAGAGGAGCGUCCGCACAGGUUCCAGAUGCCCGACGGUCAGGUGGCACAGAACAUGAUGGGCCAGAGGAUUCCCAUUCCCGAAGAGGUGUUGACGCAAUUGAACAGACUCCCCAACCGUGACGUGAUCGUGGCCGUCCAAGAAACCUCACCUGAAGAAUCCGAAGAAGACGACCAAUCCUCGUCUUCGUCUUCUGAACAACAACAACAACAACAGCAGCAGCAGCAGGAGGUGCGAUUCGUGCAGCAGGAGCAGAGACAAAGCGCUGCCGAGGUAAAUGGCAGACAGACGUUCGCGCCAGUGGACAUCCCUGUGGCGAUGAUGCCGCGCAUGCGCAUGGGUAGGCAACAGAUGCUCGAAGAGGAACAGCAGCAGCACGUGGAGGAGGCCAGACCUCAUUUCGUCCAACCAAGGUCUGUAUGA